GUCGUCGCCGCUGCGGUACCAUCCAACUCACUUAGCCCAUCUCGUCUGCCCUUCAUUUCGCUGCUACGCGACAGGCGUAACAUUCUUUCUCAUAGUAGUAUUUGUCCUUGGACACAAUGGCUACCACGACCACGACCACGACAGCGACGGCGACGACGAUGGUGCCGGAGGAGGGGAAGCUGCUCAGUGAAUCACUGAGCACGGUCAAGAUACAGACACAGCAGAUGAAGCGACAUUUGGAGCUUGACCAGCUCAUGGACGCGCUCAAAAGCGCGAGUCUGAUGCUGGCUGAGCUACGGACUUCAUCACUGUCCCCGAAGCAAUACUAUGAAUUGUAUAUGGCCGUGUUUGAUGCUCUUCGUCACUUAUCCAACUAUCUAUACGACGCCCACACCCAAGGCCGUCACCACCUGGCCGAUCUCUACGAGCUCGUGCAAUACGCUGGCAACAUUGUUCCUCGACUCUACCUGAUGAUGACCGUCGGCUCCGUGUACAUGUCAAUUCCCGACGCGCCGGUGAAGGAGAUCAUGAAGGACAUGAUGGAGAUGUCGCGGGGCGUGCUGCAUCCUAUCAGGGGGUUGUUCUUGCGGCACUAUCUCAGCGGGCAGACGAGAGACCACCUCCCAGUUGGGACGGACCCAGGCCCCAUAGGCAACCUCCAAGACUCUAUCUCAUUCGUGCUCACGAACUUCGUCGAGAUGAAUAAGCUAUGGGUCCGUCUACAACAUCAAGGGCAUUCUCGGGACCGCGAGAAGCGCGAGAUGGAGCGAAAGGAGCUGCGUAUCCUUGUUGGGACCAACCUCGUUCGCCUUAGCCAGCUUGACGGGGUGGACCUCGAUCUUUACCAGCAGAUCAUUCUUCCGAAUAUCCUACAGCAAGUCGUCAGCUGCAAGGAUGUCAUUGCGCAGGAGUACUUGAUGGAAGUCGUCAUCCAGGUCUUCACCGACGAGUUCCACCUGCAUACUUUGGGUCCGUUCUUGUCUGCCACAGCUCAGAUGCACCCCAAGGUCAACAUCAAGCAAAUUGUUAUUGCAUUGAUCGACCGCUUGGCUGCUUACGCUGCCCGUGAAGCUGAGAACGAAGACCCGGAGGAGACGAAGCGGCAAGAGGAAGCUGCCGCGCGCCGCCUAGCAGAGAAGGUUAAGAUUCAGAAAGCGAAAUUGCGGAUGAACGGUCACACGAACGGCACUUCGAGCCCCACUUCCGAGUCUGUCGCCGCCGAGAGUGCCGCUUGGGGAUCAACGCCUACCAGCCCUAUCACUGACAAGGAGAUGGAGUCUGAUGCGGCCUCAAGCACGGCGCUUGGCACGGAGGAGACGGUGGUAGAGGGCGAGAAGCUUGAUAAGGGCAAGGAAAAGGAGAAGGAGAAGGAGAAGGAGGGCCACGCGCGGAAGUUCAGAGGUGUGCCGGAGGACGUGAAGCUGUUUGAAGUAUUCUGGCAGCAGGUCGUCGAACUGAUCAAGGCGCGUCCAGACCUAUCAAUACAGGAUAUGACCGCCCUUCUGGUCUCCCUCACAAACCUCUCCCUGAGCUGCUACCCCGACCGGCUGGAGUACGUCGACCAGGUGCUUGGUUUCGCUCACGACAAGAUCAAGGAAUUCGCAGACAGUCCUGAUUUGCAUUCACCGCAAACCGUAGCAAACCUUGCUUCUCUGCUCGCUGCGCCCAUCAACUCUUAUCAGUCCGUGCUUACUUUGCUUGCCCUCCAACAAUAUACCCCGCUUCUCGCCAUCCAAACUUUCCAGACCCGCCGGUCGCUUGCUCAUGCCCUCAUCUCUUCUGUCCUCAAGAACGAGACCAUAAUCGAGACUCCGGAAGACGUCAAUGGCAUCUUGGAGCUCUGUCAUGUCCUUAUCCGUGACCAGACUGAUGGCACGGGAAUGCUUCUGGGGUCACAGGCGAUACCAAAGGAGCAAAGGCGAGGUGUGUAUCAUCCUGACCGGGAGGAGAUGGCAGAAGAGCAAGGUUGGAUUGCACGAAUGGUGCAUCUAUUCCGGGCAGAGUCGCUUGACGUGCAAUUUGAGCUUUUGCAAACUGCUCGGAGGCACUUCGAGACUGGCGGCGAUCGGAUGCGCUACACGUACCCUGCCCUUAUUACUGCAGCCGUCAAGCUAUGCAGACGGUAUAAAAACAGGGAACACCUGGAGGACGAUUGGCGGAGCAAAACCUCUAACAUUCUCAAAUUUGCGCGCCAACUCAUUGCUAUCCUGGCGACGCAAGUCGAGGCCCCGUCAAUUGCGCUCAGGUUGUUCCUUCUUGCUGCUCAGAUCGCCGACGAGUGUGGAUUCGAGGACCUCGCAUACGACCUCUACGUGUCUGCGUUCUCCGUUUACGAGGACAGCAUCUCGGAGAGCCGUGCUCAGCUGCAAGCGAUCACACUCAUCAUUGGCACACUGCAAGGCGCGAGGGUGUUCAGUGAAGACAAUUAUGAUACCCUCAUCACCAAGGCGGCUCUGCACGGUGCUAGAUUGCUGAAGAAGCCUCAUCAGGCGACCGCGGUCAACCUCGCCAGCCACCUCUGGUGGCAGGAGCUACCUCCGGAUGAGGAGGCUCCAUCGAAGGAGUCGGAGCCUGCAGCAUCGACGGAGGACGGAGCGGAAAGUGUCAAGAAAGCGUAUCCUCAUCAAGAUAGCAAACGUGUUCUGGAAUGCCUGCAGAAAGCGCUCCGGAUCGCCAGCUCAGCGAUCGAAGAGAUCGUCACUGUGCAGCUGUAUUGCGAUACGCUCGAUCAAUACCUGUAUUAUCUCGAUCGCGGCGCACCUGCUGUGACGCCGAAGUUCGUGAACAGCCUCGUUGAACUCAUCACUUCGUCGAUCGACAAUGUCUCCUCACCCGAGGUCCACCCAUCCCAACGCGCGCCGCCUGGGCUGCUAGAGGGCGUGCAGACACCCGACAUGAUCAAUCGCCACUUCCGCAAUACCCUCAUGUACAUCCAGACGAAGAAGAACGCAGCGAGCUCAGCGGAGGGCAGCAGUGCAGCAUCUAGGUGGGAUGACGUCGAUGUAGUGGGCGCGAUGCUCAAGAUGGGCCUUGGCGCGCGAUAGCUUGGAUUGCAUGUAACUGGACGAUCAUCCCCGCCCUCUGUUUAUUCGUCGUUCAUAUGCUAUUUCUGGUGUAUAUAUAAUGUUGUAAGUGCCCUUGCUCUAGUAACAUGGAAUGCGUCCACCCCCGCCUCAUCGGUUUCAAGAUCUUGAGAAACGAGAGCUCAAGUCGAAG